AUGAGCUCAAUGAUGACAUUGGCUCUCUUGUCCAUAUUCACUUUCUCACUGGUACCUUUAGCUGCUGUUGAAAUCGAUAGAAGUAACAUGAAAUAUUUGGGUUUAAUUCCGAAUGUGAUUGACGCAAGUGCAAAAUUACCACCUGUGGGAAUUCUUCGAGGUCACGUUACUGUAUUUGGACAGUAUAAGGAGUGCAUGUUGGCCAAACAGCAAUUACCGAAUUCUACGCGUGUUAUCGCUGGCAGUUACGUGAGGCAAGUAAUUAUAACACCAUUUACUGACACAUUUACUGAUGUGAAGAUCUUUGUUGAUAAGAAGUUAAGAAAUUACAAAGCAAAAGAUGCUUGCAAAUUAAGCGAAUACGGUGUCGCUAAUCCAUCGUUUGAUGUUUGCUUGCCCUCGUCAUGCGACCACCACAACACGUUGAUGACACUUAGCCGCUCACUGAUCAAAUUCAAUGGUUCUACUCCCGUAUGUACUAUAAAGCAGGCAUCUGUUCGGUACAGACCUAUCGAUCAUAAGACGUGGAUUGUACUAGCAGUAAUAGCAUUGACCGGAACGAUUGCUACAUCAGCAACUGCAUGGGAUCUGUUUACGACUUAUUGUACUUCUAACUAUCACAGGCUGCCUUCAGUCGAAACAGCAUGCUGGUUCCAUUGCUUAAUGACAUUUUCGGUAAUCCGAAAUACCAAAGAUAUAUUCAGUAUCGAGCCUUCUAAUAAACCAGGCCAAAUAGGACCGAUUCAUUUCAUGCGUUUCAUUAGUAUGGUGUGGGUGAUCCUCGGACAUGCGACAAUAGGCUACAUGAUGUUGAGUUCAAACAUCUUAGACUGUAAGGAAACAUUUAAAAAUCUGUGGACGCAAGUUUUAACGAAUGCAUUCUUUUCCGUGGACACAUUUUUCUUCAUGUCCGGUUUAUUAGUAUCAUAUAUUUGGUUCAAAGAAUAUCGCAAAGAUAAGAAGAAAGCAAUAUCACUUACCACUUGGCUCGCAUUUUACAUCCAUCGAAUAAUUCGGCUCUCACCACCUUAUUAUAUCACAAUAGCAUUUUAUUCAUUUGUAUUAAAGUCAUUCUUGGUUAAUACGCCGUACAUUUUAACAACAUUUGAUGAUCAAUGCGAAAGAAGUUGGUGGACCAAUUUCUUAUAUCUCAACAAUUUUAUCUAUUAUAAUGAUCAAUGCUAUCUGGUGGCAUGGUAUCUGGCAACUGAUUUUCAACUCCACGUUUUCGCACCAGUAUUGCUGGUACCGUUAGCAUUGAAACCUGUAUUGGGAUAUAUAACAGCUGGCCUACUCAUAUUAAUUUCAACUGUUGUGAAUUUUGUGACAGUGUAUAAGGAAUACUUCCCACCAACGGAUUUCUUUAUAGGUGUCAUGGAUCCAAGAAUGGAUUCAUCGAGACCCUAUUCGCUGCUGAUCUAUCAAGCACCUUGGAUCCGAUGUCAGGUUUACGUCAUAGGCAUUCUAGUUGGUUAUCUGUUUCAAACAGUAAAAACUCUUCAUAUAUCAAAGUUAAUAAACAUUAAUUGCUGGAUUAUUUCAUUAAUAUCUGGCCUACUUCUGAUAAUAUCGUUAAGAGAUUGGAUAGGUUAUGACAUUGUGAUGGAUUUAUCUCUGCGAGCUUUUUAUUCGGCAUUUAGUAAGCUUGCAUGGGGUUUAGCUCUCGCUUAUAUUACGGUCGCUUGCUUUUACGGUUACGGAGGACCAAUAAACGAUUUCAUGUCAUUACCUGUAUGGAAGCCAUUGGGUCGACUUACUUAUUGCACAUAUCUAACACAUUUAAUUGUAUUGAUAUAUAUGGUAUGCAUAGGGGUUAAUGCAUUUAGUUUCUCGAGUAUUACUCAUACAUUCCUCGUCUUCACAAUACCAUGUUGUAUCAUUUCGUGGUUCUUUGCUUAUUGGUUGAGUAUUCUGUUUGAACUACCAGCAAGUAAGUUGGAGAUGAUAUUGCUGGACAAAAUUCGUAAUAAAUCAUUGCAAAAACAAGCAGCGGAGCAAAUCAUCCGAUUAUCAAUGGCGAGUUACAAAGAAAGGUAG